AUGGACAUUCGUACAAAAACUGUGAAUUCAAUAAUAUUUUCAUUAAAAGGCUGUAAAAAUAAAAAUAAAUAUAUAUUGUUAAUAAAUGAAUUACUUUCACUUUUUCCACUUCAUGCUGAAAAGAGUUUAAGAUUAUGUUUACAAUGGAAAAUUAAAAAAUACACAUUAAUAAAAGAAAGUUUAUUUUCUAAGGAUUUUAAAUUUUUUGGAAAUUCAUUAAGGAUAAAUAAAAAAACACUAAAAAAAGAAAAUAAAAAAUCUUUUAGUGAUACUAAUGUUGUACACAAAGAGGAAGGAUUAGGAAGAAACAUAUUUAAUAAAUCUAAAAAGAAAAAAUGGAAAAAAACGAAUAUACAUUUUUUUGUAGUUAAUGGAAAUAAUAAGUAUAUCGUCUUAAAAAAUUUUUGUUCAUGUUUUUACUUUAAGGAAAAGGUGUUAUGUAGUAAUAGUGAUGUUUUAUGUAAACAUAUUCUAUCCGUUCUUUUAGCAAAAUGCUUCAAUUGUUAUUCAAAUAUUUGUUUAAACGAAGAUUUAUUUUAUGAAUGGUAUAUUAAAAAAUUACAUAUUUGA